AUCCAGUUGUUGGAAAACCUGCAGGAAUCCUGGACAGAAUAUGAAAAUAAUGUGCAGACCCUAAAAACUUGGUUUGAAACCCAAGAGAAGAAGCUGAAACAGCAACAGAAAAUUGGAGACCAGGCCUCAGUACAGAAUGCUUUGAAAGACUGUCAGGAAUUAGAAGAAUCGAUGAGAACAAAGGAAAAAGAAGUAGAAAAUGUAGAACAGAGUGGUCUGUCUUUGAUACAGAACAAGAAGGAAGAAGUCUCUUCUGCUGUUAUGAAUACACUGCAAGAAAUUAACCAUUCCUGGGCCAAUUUGGGUCACAUGGUUAGCCAGUUGAAGAUACUGUUGCAAUCUGUUCUGGAUCAGUGGAGCAUUUACAAAGUGGUUUAUGAAGAACUGAAUAGUUACCUGACAGAAGCCAGAUAUUCUUUGUCUCGUUUUUAUCUUCUUACUGGUUCUUUGGAAGCUGUGAAAGUCCAAGUUGAUAACCUUCAGAGCCUCCAAGAUGAAUUGGAAAAGCAAGAAAACAGCUUACAGAAAUUUGGUUCUGUGACCAAUCACUUGUUGAAAGAAUGCAGCUCACCAGUGACUGAAACGCUUACCAACACUUUGAAAGAAGUGAAUAUGAGGUGGAACAACCUUCUGCAGGAGAUUGCAGAGCGACUGCAUGCCAGUAACGGCCUCCUUCAGCUGUGGCAGAAGUACGAGGACUGUUACCAGAAGUGCUCUUCCACAGUCCGUCAGUGGGAAGACCAGACCAAUGAACUCCUGAAGAAUGCCACGGGCAAAGACAUUACUGAUGAUGAGGUUACUUCUUGGAUUCAGGGCUGCAAUGAUGUACUCAUGAAUUUGAAGACAGCACAGGAGUCACUAGUUACUCUUCAAGAACUGGGAGAGGAGCUAAAAAACCAGGUGAAGGCUUCAGCAGCAGCAGCUAUACAGGCUGAUAAUCUUUCUCUGAUCCAGCAUCUGUCAACCGUAGAACAGUCUCUCCGCAAGCAACAGGCUGUGCUUCAGGCUGGAGUCCUGGACUAUCAAACCUUUGCCGAAAACCUGCAAGACCUUGAGGCCUGGAUAACAGAAGCAGAAGAAAUAUUGAAAGAACAGGAUCCCAGUCAUUCAUCUGAUCUCUCAGCAAUACAGAGUAGAAUGGAGGAACUCAAGGGUCAAAUGUUGAAGUUCAGCAGCAUGGCCCUGGAUUUGGACCAUCUUAAUGAGCUGGGUUACAGGCUCCCUCUGAAUGAUAAAGAAGUCAAAAGGAUGCAGAACCUGAACAGACAUUGGUCUCAAAUCUCAUCUCAGACUAUGGAGAGAUUCAGUAAGCUGCAGUCUUUCUUGCUGCAGCAGCAGACCUUCUUGGAGAAAUGUGAGACUUGGAUGGAUUUUUUAGGUCAGACUGAGCAGAAGAUGACAGAAGAGAUUUCAGGAAACUACCAGAGCCUUUUAGAGCAACAGAGGGCACAUGAGCUAUUCCAGGCAGAGAUGUUCAGCAGCCAGCAGAUUCUGCAUUCAAUUAUCUCUGAUGGGCAUCACCUCGUAGAACAAGGACAGGUGGAUGACAGGGAUGAAUUUAAUCUGGCGCUAACUCUUUUAAGUCGUCAAUGGCAAGGAGUAACUCGCCGGGCACAGCAGAGGAGGGGGAUCAUUGACAGCCAGAUUCACCAGUGGCAGCGCUAUAGGGAGAUGGCAGAGAAGCUGCGCAAGUGGCUGGCGGAAGAAGCCUGUCAGCCAGAAAGUGGCCUGGGCAACGUUCCUAUCCCAUUGCAGCAAGCCAGAGCACUGCUGCAUGAAGUGCAGCUUAAAGAGAAGGUUCUCCUAAGACUGCAAGGAAGUUACCUCCUUACUGUGACAGCUGGGAAGCAACUGCUGCUCUCUGCUGACAGUGGAGCUGAGGCAGCCCUGCAGACAGAGCUUACCGAAAUUCAGCAGUGCUGGAUGAUGGCUAGUACCAAACUGAAGCAACAAAAGAAACAGCUUGCAUUGCUACUGAAAGACUGGAAAAAAUCUGAAAAGAACAUAGAAGACUCCCUGGAGAAGCUAAAAUCAUUCAAAAAAAAGCUUUCUCAGCCUUUGCCAGAACACCAUGAUGAGUUGCAUGCAGAGCAGAUUCGUUGCAAGGAGUUAGAGAAUGCUGUUGAAGGGUGGACAGAUGACCUUGCACACCUCUCUCUGCUGAAGGAAACCCUAUCUGUGCAUAUUAGUGCAGAUGACAUCUCAAUCCUCAGUGAGCGCAUAGAGCUUCUGCACAGACAGUGGGAGGAGCUGUGCCACCAGGUUUCCUUACGUCGACAACAAGUUAGUGAGAGACUGAAUGAGUGGGCUGUCUUCAGUGAGAAGAACAAGGAGCUCUGUGAGUGGCUGACACAAAUGGAAAGUAAGGUUUCUCAAAAUGGUGAUAUCCUCAUAGAAGAAAUGAUUGAGAAGCUUAAAAAGGAUUAUCAAGACGAAAUUGCUGUAGCCCAGAAGAGCAAAAUUCAGCUCCAGCAAAUGGGAGAGCGACUUGCUAAAGCCAGCCAUGAGAGUAAGGCAUCAGAGAUUGAGUACAAACUUGGCAAGAUCAAUGACAGGUGGCAACAUCUUCUCGAUCUUAUUGCAGCCAGGAUAAAGAAGUUGAAGGAGACCCUUGUUGCAGUGCAGCAGCUGGAUAAAAACAUGAGUAGCCUGAGGUCUUGGCUUGCUCACAUUGAGUCAGAGCUGUCCAAACCUAUUGUCUAUGAAACCUGUGACUCUGAGGAGAUACAAAGGAAGCUAAAUGAACAGCAGGAACUUCAGAGGGACAUAGAGAAACACAGCACUGGAGUGGCAUCUGUUCUCAAUCUGUGUGAAGUGCUUCUUCAUGACUGUGAUGCUUGUGCCACAGAAGCAGAGUGUGAAUCUAUCCAGCAGGCCACACGCAAUCUGGAGAGAAGGUGGAGGAACAUUUGUGCAAUGUCAAUGGAAAGGCGGCUGAAUUAUGAAUCUGAUCUCUGUGAUGUUUACACAGUUAUAUCACGAGCUCUAG